AUGUCCACCCUCCUCCUCCUCCUCCUAACAACCCUCAUCCCCCUCACCACCAGCUACGCCAUAAUCUGGCAACCGCAAGCAACCAUCACCACCCUCCAAGCAACAAUGGUAAUCCCCCAAGUUCCCGCCGGCCCAGGCAUCCACUUCAUCUGGCCCGGUCUCCAACCCUCCUCCAACCAAUACGUAUUCCAAGAUGUAAGCGGUGAUGACACGGGAAUUGGUGCAUGGACGUUCGCUGAUUGGGCUGUGAAUUCUGUGAGUAAUUAUAAUAAGAGUGGUGAUGUGGCUGUUUAUCCGGAUGAUUCGAUUGCGAUAUCGUUUCAGUUGAAUACGCAGACUGGGGAGUGGAGUAAUGAAUGGGUUACUUCUCCUGGUUCUGCUGGGAGUGCGGCUGGAGAGGUGUAUACGAUUUCGGAUUCUGUUGUGCCUGAUAGUGUUGUUUCGGCUUUCGGUGCCUUGACGCAAGCAUUAUUCGUUAUCGAACUCCAAGCUGGAGCGACGUGGAAUUUCGGUCCUCUUAUCUUCAAGGAUAUCAAAAUCGUCGCAGAGACUUCUGAAACGAUUUGGUGUACUACACCUAGCACGGCAGACUCUUUCACAUUCUCGAUGACCGAUCCGAUUGUCGGUUUCGAAUAUGAUCAGAGAGGUAACAUUGUCGCCUCCUGCUCGAUUGAGGGUUUGGUUUUCCUUAAGCCACUAUAA